UAUAUAUAUAUGCAAAAACAGAGCAGUAGCAGGGAGAUUAAGUUAGGAGAAAUUAAAGAUGGUGUGGGUAUGUAUAGGUUGGGUUAUGGUGGUGGCUAUGGUGGCUGCAGGAGCAACCAGUGGCGGAGAAGACGUCACAUAUGACGGCAGGUCUCUCAUCAUCGAUGGCCAAAGAAAACUUUUGUUUUCGGGUUCAAUUCACUAUCCUCGAAGCACUCCUGAGAUGUGGCCAUCUUUGAUAGGCAAAGCCAAAGAAGGGGAACUAGAUGUUAUUCAAACCUAUGUGUUUUGGAAUCUCCAUGAGCCCCAACCUGGAGAGUAUGAUUUCAAUGGAAGAAAUGAUUUGGUGAAAUUCAUAAAGGAAAUCCAAGCACAAGGUCUUUAUGUCUGCCUUAGGAUUGGACCUUUCAUCGAGAGUGAAUGGACUUAUGGGGGUUUACCUUUUUGGUUGCAUGAUGUCCCGGGCAUUGUUUAUCGGUCAGAUAAUCAACCUUUCAAGUGGUACAUGCAAAAUUUUACUACAAAAAUAGUAAACUUGAUGAAGUCGGAGGGUUUAUAUGCUUCUCAAGGAGGACCCAUAAUUUUAUCACAGAUUGAGAAUGAGUACGGAAACAUUGAAUCGGCUUUUGGAGGAAAAGGAACUUCAUACGUCCGCUGGGCAGCGAAUAUGGCCGUUGACCUACAAACUGGUGGGCCGUGGAUUAUGUGCAAGCAAAACGAUGCUCCCGAUCCAGUGAUUAAUACAUGCAAUGGAAUGAAAUGUGGAGAAACUUUUGGAGGGCCUAACUCCCCAACAAAGCCAUCACUCUGGACUGAGAAUUGGACAUCAUUUUAUCAAGUGUAUGGGGGAGAACCAUACAUACGAUCUGCUCAAGACAUUGCGUUUCAUGUGGCUCUUUUCAUUGCUAAAAAUGGAAGCUAUGUAAACUAUUACAUGUAUCAUGGUGGAACGAAUUUCGGCAGAACAGCAUCAGCUUAUGUCAUAACAGGUUAUUACGAUCAAGCUCCCAUUGAUGAAUAUGGUUUAAUUAGGCAACCCAAAUGGGGCCAUCUAAAGGAGCUGCAUUCUGUAAUCAAGUCUUGCUCUUCAACUUUACUAGAGGGAGCACAAACUAAUCUCUCCUUGGGUCCACUUCAACAGCAGGCAUAUGUUUUCGAGACACAAGGAGGAGGAUGCGCUGCAUUUCUUGUCAAUAAUAAUUCAAACAAUGCAACUGUUGAAUUUAGAAAUAAAUCAUACGAGUUGCUUCCUAAAUCGAUUAGUAUUUUACCGGACUGUCAAAAUAUACUCUUCAACACUGCCAAGGUAAACGUCGAGUCCAACAAGAGAAUCAUGACAUCAACUUGCAAAAUGAAUGGUGUUGAUAAGUGGGAAAAAUACACAGAUGUUAUCCCCAACUACUUAGAUACCGCAAUAAGAUCCAAAACUUUGUUGGAGCACAUGAAUACAACCAAAGAUAAAUCUGAUUAUCUUUGGUAUACUUUCAGCUUUCAACCGACUUCCUCUUGCACUCAACCUCUACUCCAUGUGGAGUCUCUUGCUCAUGUUGCAUAUGCUUUUGUCAACAACAAAUAUGCAGGAUCAGCUCAUGGAAGUAAAAAUGGAAAGGGCCCAUUUAUUAUGGAAGUGAAGAUAGUCUUAAACGACAACGGAAUGACCAAUAAUAUUUCUAUUCUGAGUGUUAUGGUUGGACUACCGGAUUCGGGAGCUUUUCUGGAGAAGAGAUAUGCUGGAUUAACAAGAGUGGAAAUUCAAUGCACUGAAGAAAAGGAUUUGUACAACUUUACGACUAAUUACCAGUGGGGAUAUCAGGUAGGGCUGGUUGGAGAGAACAUACAGAUAUACAGAGAGGAACUUUUGGAUAGUGUUGAUUGGAGGAAAGCUGAUCUCUCCACUGCUCAGCCCCUUACUUGGUUUAAGACAGAAUUUGAGGCACCAGAAGGAAAUGAUCCAGUGAUAUUAAACCUUACCACAAUGGGCAAAGGCCAAGCAUGGGUCAACGGACAAAGCAUAGGUCGCUAUUGGAUUUCAUUUCUCACAUCCAAAGGCCAUCCUUCACAAACAUGGUACCAUGUUCCUCGAGCAUUUCUUAAUAAUACCUCAGCAAAUCUUUUAGUUAUACUUGAAGAAUCCAAUGGAGAUCCUUUGAAGAUUUCAUUAAACACAGUUUCCACCAAAAGCUUACCACAUUAUAUUUACGGUAACCAUUUCCACAAAAAUUCAAUGUAAUACAUUCAUUCUAAUAUUUUACUUGUAACAACCAAAUUCAAAUCUAUUACUAAUCAUACCAUUUACUGUUCACAUUUCAGAACUCACAUUGUAACUACCUUUAUAAUAUAUUUGGAUUG